AUGCUCUACCUCGUCGGCCUUGGCCUCAACGACGAGCACGACAUCUCGCUCCGCGGGCUCGAGAUCGUCCGCCGCUGCGAGGAGGUCUACCUGGAGGCGUACACCUCUGUGCUCACCGUCCCCGUCGCCCGGCUCGAGGCGCUCUACGGCAGGCCGGUGACGGUGGCCGAGCGCGACUUUGUGGAGUCGGCCAUCGAGCCGGUCCUCGAGCGCGCCCGCACGGCCGAGAUCGCGCUGCUCGUCGUGGGCGACCCGUUCGGCGCGACCACCCACUGCGACGUCCUCGCGCGUGCAAAGGCGCUCGGCGUGCAGACGCGGGUGGUUCACAACGCCUCCAUCAUGAACGCGAUCGGCUGCUGCGGCGUCCAGCUGUACCGCUUCGGCGAGGCCGUCUCGGUGCCCUUCUUCACCGACAGCUGGAAGCCCGCCUCCUUCUUUGACAAGCUCGAGGCGAACGCGUCGCUCGGGCUGCACUCGCUGCUGCUGGUCGACAUCAAGACACGCGAGCCGACGCUGCCGUCGCUCGCGCGCGGCCGGCCAGUCUACCUGCCGCCGCGCUUCAUGACGGUCCGCCAGGCCGUCGGCCAGGUGCUCGAGAUAGCCGCGACAAGGCCGGGCUCGGGCGUGGGCGCGACGUCGCGCGCGAUUGGGGUGGCGCGCGUGGGGACGGAGAGCCAGGUGUGCGUGCACGGCACGCUGGGCGAGCUGCGCUCUGUGGACUUUGGGCCUCCCCUCCACUCGCUGGUGCUGCUCGGCGCCAUGACGGAGGUGGAGGAGCAGAUUGUUGAUGUAUAUGUUCGCACCGUCUCGGUAACGGAGGCGCGCGCGCAGGGGGGGGAAACGCGGCGUAAGCUGCUAGAGCCGUCGCGCGCCUCCGGCUUGGCCUUGGGCGCGCGGGCGGACAUAUGCAUGUGUAACGAGUAA